UUUAGGCGGCAGUGACUCUGCGCGCGCGAGAACACUCCAUUUCCUUUCAUUUUCUUCUUGCGAUAGCCGAUAGUGUCUCUUCGAGAUCCAUAGAGGAACCGAAAAUGGAGGUCGGGAGGUUACCCAUCUCCGCCACGCUUCGGGGUAAACUGAUUUCAUCCGGCUACACUACUCUCUCCUCUCUCGCUUCCGUUUCUCCUUCCGACCUUGCUCGAGAAUUGGAAAUCUCGAACAAUGAAGCUUUUGAUGUUCUCAAGCUUGCAUCACAUGGUCGUGGGCUGGACAGGUCAGACGGGAGUGGUGCUAUUGUUAAUGGUGCGGAGACUGCUUGGGAUAUGCUUCACAAAGAGCAGUUCAUUCCACGUAUUACCACAUCUUGUGCAGAUUUAGAUAACCUUCUUGGCGGAGGAAUUAAUGUCAGUGAAGUUACGGAAAUUGGUGGAGUACCGGGCAUAGGUAAAACACAGCUUGGGAUUCAACUUGCGGUAAAUGUCCAAAUUCCAGGUGCAUUUGGUGGGGUAGGUGGAAAAGCAGUUUAUAUAGAUACAGAAGGGAGCUUUAUGGUGGAGCGUGCUUUGCAGAUUGCUGAAGCAUGUAUAGAGGAUAUGUCAGAUUACAGUGUCUUACUAAAGAAGAAUGCAAUACCUCAUCAAAUUCAAAUCGAACCGAAAGAUAUCUUGGAAAAUAUAUUUUAUUUUCGUGUCUGCAGCUACACAGAGCAAAUUGCUCUAAUAAAUUAUCUGGACAAGUUCAUUACUGAGCACAAAGAUGUUAAGGUUGUCAUAGUUGAUAGUGUGACAUUCCAUUUUCGCCAAAAUUUUGAUGAUUUGGCCCUCCGGACACGGUUGCUCAGUGAAAUGGCUCUUAAGUUCAUGAAGCUGGCCAAGAAGUUCAGUUUGGCUUUGAUGAGUUCCACUGACCUCCAUUUGGUUGAUUUGCAAUGAUAAUUCACUGGCCUCGAAUGUCUUAGCUUUAACAUAAGGUUGUUCUAUUUAAUCAGGUGACGACUAAGUUCGCCGAAGGCUCAUUCCAAUUAACUCUUGCAUUGGGUAUGUCCUUUUAAGUCACCCCUUACCUUCCACCGUUGAAAUUCAUUGUUGACAUAUUACGUUGUUGCACUCACUUGGAUGUCUUCAAGCAUUAUGAUUCCAUCGAACUGAUCAGGUGAUAGCUGGUCACACUCUUGCACGAAUCGGAUCAUUUUGUAUUGGAACGGCGAUGAAAGGUACGCAUAUCUUGAAAAGUCACCCUCUCUUCAAUCUGCCUCGGCACCUUAUUCUGUGACUUGUAGAGGCAUUAGAAAUUGU